AUGAGGAUAUCAGUGUCUACCUUCUUACUUCUGGGACUCGCCCUCUACAUUCAGGGUGAACCGAUCGAAAGCAAAGAGGAGAACGGGAGUUUGCUGGACUGUGUGUUAGAGAGCAACUCGAUAGGAUGCCUGGGCACGAGGUUAGCCAGAAACAUAGAUCAAAUCGAGAUGCAAGUGACCGGAAAGAAGAGCGAAACACCAAUGAGCAUGGUUAUCGAGCAGGCAGGCAAUUUCGUGGCCGAGGUAAUCGAUGACGUCCAAAAUCCCGGACGAUCGGAGGAGGUUGCAGAAAGCGCAGAUGCCGGAGAACAAGUGGAAGGACGUGGUAAGAAAUACGGAAGGAAGAAGAAGAAGCAGCUGCAGAAACUCCUUGGUUUGGCCAUGCUGUUCAAAGCUAAACUGAGUCUCCUGCUUCAACUCAUCUCGACGCAUUUCCAACUCAAGUUCUUCGGCAUCGCUAUCCUCAGCUUGAUCAUCAACGCUACCAAGUUCUGGUUGGAUUUAAAGAAAUCUCAUCCGUCCAAGGUUAUCUACUACGAACACGCUCAGCAUCAGCACCAUUACGAUCACGAUGAUUACGAUCACGGCUACUGGGGACGAUCCACCAACGAUUCUCCUCAAGAUCUCGCUUACGCUGCUCACACUCCAAAAAACUGA